CCCCAGUGAAUAGCGUCAGUUUCCUGUUAUUAGCUGACAAGAGUGGCACAUACUGUGGUUUUCUGCUGCUGUAGCCGAUCUGCUUCAAGUCCUCCACAAGGUGUCAUAUUGCAUCCUCUUCUUUGUUGCUGAUGACUGGCUCCUCCCCAGCCAGGACAGCUGAUCCUCUACAGCCGGACUCACCUGUGAAAGCUGCUCCAGCAACAACAGUCACUCUCACCAUCAGCGACCAGAAGAGACCAACUGAACAACUGAGCUCCAGUGGACACCAUGGCCUCUGCUCUCUCUGUGCGCUCGGUGUGGCAGCCAUCCUUCUCCAGCAUCUCUGUGAGGGGCAGUGGACGCAGCAUCCGCUCCAAACCCGCUGUCUCCAAUCUUUCCUCCAUCGGCAGUCUGUCACGCUCCCUCUCUCUGGGCAAUGGCCUCAACGUGCUGGGCUCCAGCCUUUCCAUCAAUGGCCUCAGUGUCAGCAUCAGCGAGAAGGAGACCAUGCAGGGCCUGAACGACAGGCUGGCCAACUACCUGGACAAGGUACGGUCGCUGGAAAAAUCCAAUGCUGAGCUGGAGGUGAAGAUCAAGCAGCUUAUGUUGGAGAGAGCUCCAAAAGGGCACGACAUUGAGGGGAUGAUGGCACAGGCCCAUGCCAUUGGACAGGAGGUGAGAAGGAAGACACUGGAGAAUGCCCGAAUAAUGCUGGAGAUUGAUAAUGCCAAGCUGGCGGCUGAUGACUUCAGGGUCAAAUGGGAGGCAGAGGCCACCUUGUGCCAGUCAGUAGAGAGGGACUGUCAGGCUCUGAGGAGAGCAAAGUCAGAUCACGACCAGAUCAUCGCCACUCUCCGAGGAGACCUGGACAGCCUGAAGGAGGAGCUCUACUUCCUCAAGAAGAACCACCAGGAGGAAAUGAACUCCCUGAAGGCCCGUCUGGACAAUGAGCAGGUGAACGUGGAGGUGGAUGCGGCUCAAAGUCCUGAUCUUGGGGCCAUCUUGGCUGAACUCAGAGUCCAAUAUGAGGGUAUUGUUCGCAAGAACAAGGAGGAGGCUGAGUCUUGGUACCUGAAGAAGUUAGAGGCAGUACAGUCGGAGGUCAAAGAAAGCAACGAGGCUUUGCGUUGUGCGCAAAGUGAGCUCGGUGAGAGGCGGCGUUUCCUUCAGGCUCUAGAAGUUGAGCUUGAGAGCGUUCGUAAACAGGUUAGCGUUUUAGAGGGAAAUCUCGGAGAAUCGGGACACAAGUACUCUGUGGAGAUGGACCGUCUUCAGGCCGUUCUGACACAGCUGGAGGAUGAGCUGUCUCAGAUGCGUUUGGACAUGCAGCGCAACAAGACUGACUACGAGCAAUUACUGCGCAUCAAGCAGAACCUGGAGAUGGAGAUCGCCACCUACAGGAGGCUGCUGGAAGGAGAGGACGUGGUGAAAGAAACUCCACUCCCUCCGCCUCUUAAAAAAGACCCCGAUGUGAGGACUAGGAAGAUUGUGAAAGUCGUCACUCAAACAGUGAUCAAUGGCAAAAUAGUCGAUGAGUCCAGCGAGGUGGAGGAGAUCGAGGAACCCAAAAAAUGAGCCAAAGUGCAUCAGUGUACAGAAGCAAUGUUUCAUAAAUCCAAAGCGUUAGCUGACUGUGGAUCAAAUUAUUGUUUUCUUUAUUAACUUUAUUUAAUCACAGCUAAUAUUAGCCCUGUGAGGGUCAAAUAAUGGCUCCAGCUCUGAACCAACACCUGUUUUUUUGAGAAAUAUAAAAAGGUAUUCUUUCCUAUAUAAUAGCCUUACAUAAAUUGUUUAUACACAUUACUUAAAAUAACUUUUUUCUUCCCACGAUUGCAAAGAAUUUGAAAAAAAAAAAGAAGCAAAAAUGGCAUAUUGUUCUACCAUAGGGUUAGGGUUGUGGUGAUAAGCAGUGAUGAAUAAGACCUCACAAGAUCACUGUGAUUGUCAGUGUAUUGGAACAGGGCUGACCAGAUUCUUCUUCUUCAAUAUUAAAAUAAGUCUGACUAAAGAUUUAUAAUCGCUUCCACACUUGAGGGUUACAGUCAGUUUAGAAAAUGAUGCACUGUGAUGGUCUUUGUUGUGCUUUUCAGUUUUUAAUUCAAAUCCAUGAAGUUUAAUUUUCUUAAAAUGUCUUUAAAUAGGUCAACCCAUUAUUUAAACUUCUCGUCCCUAUUUUCUAAAAUAAAAUGUAAUUAUUAAUAUAUCCUAGUUCUGCAGCAGAAGUAUUCUUUAUGUAAAUCGAAGUACAGAAACCUGUGUUUAAAAAGUACUCUGGUAAAAGUACUCAAAAGUGAAAAAAAUACAGGCUCUGAGAUGUACUAAAAGUACUUUUAGAGGAUAUUUCUACCAGCGAUUUUUGUGCAAAGCUAACUGAAGCUUGUGGUAAUAAUAAAAAUAAUAAUAAAAUUAUGUUAGUAUGUGAGAGUACAAACAAAAUUCCAAUCUGUAUUCCAAUUCUAAUGAAUGUAGUCAGCUUGAAUCUGUUAUGUAGGACACAUCAUCAUCUGCCUAAAAUCAAAUUGGCUACACUUGAUGUAACCCAGUUUGACCAUGAACACAACAGUCACUGGACACCGGUCCAACACACUGCCUCACUGUAAAUUCAUCAGUGUAACUCUCUGAAAAACCUCUGAAACGUACAACAUUAGUUUACCUCAGUGUGUUUCGCAGGAUGUUUCAAAAUAUCAAAGCAUUUAAUUCAUCAGAACACAUCAUAAACAGACCCCAUCCAUCCAUCCAUCCAUCCAUCCAUCCAUCCAUCCAUCCAUCCAUCCAUCCAUCCAUCCAUCCAUCCAUCCAUUCGCUUCCGCUUAUCCUUUUCAGGGUUGCGGGGGGCGCU